AUGUUUCCACAGUCAAUCAUAAACAUGCUGGCUGCUGGACACCCUCUGGGUACUCCAGCUACCCAGUCGGAGCCCAAGGUCGUCUCCAAAAGACCCGCGCCGUUCCCCGCGUGGAGCGCCAUCGACGAGGCCAAAAACAAAGCCGACGCAAUCGCUCACGAAGCAGGUCGCGAAUACAACCUGGCAAGCAAGAAAGCCCAAGAGAAGGCUGGCAAGAUCAAACCUGGCUCUCUCAAGUAUUAUGCAUCUUGUACCUUUGGUGGGUUGCUCGCGUGUGGUCUAACCCACACCGCUGUGACACCUCUUGAUCUGAUCAAAUGUCGUCGCCAAGUCGACCCCAAGCUCUAUCAGAGCAACAUCCAGGCUUACCGGACCAUCCGUGCUGCGGAGGGAAUCCGGGGUGUGUUUACUGGGUGGAGUCCUACUUUCUUCGGAUACAGUGCCCAAGGUGCCUUCAAAUAUGGCGGUUAUGAGUUCUUCAAAUCCUUCUACAGCGACCUGGUUGGCCACGAAAAUGCCCACAAGUGGAAAACCUCCCUCUACCUGACAGCCAGUGCCUCAGCCGAGAUCAUCGCCGAUGUAGCUCUGUGUCCCUUCGAGGCUGUCAAAGUGCGCACGCAGACUACCAUUCCUCCUGAUAUCCGGGGCACGUUCAGCGGUAUCUCCGAUGUUGUCUCCAAGGAGGGUGUGGCCGGUCUCUACAAGGGGUUGUACCCCCUCUGGGGCCGUCAGGUCCCUUAUACCAUGAUGAAGUUCGCCUCUUUCGAAACAAUUGUCGAGAUGAUCUACCACCAACUGCCAGGCCAGAAGUCCGACUACAACAAGGGUGCGCAGACUGCCGUUGCUUUCAGUGGUGGUUACCUGGCUGGUAUUCUGUGUGCUGUCGUGUCGCAUCCUGCCGAUGUGAUGGUUAGCAAGUUGAAUGCCAAUCGCCAGUCUGGUGAGGCAUUCGGCGCUGCCAUGAGUCGGAUCUAUGGUGAUAUCGGAUUCCGUGGAUUGUGGAAUGGAUUGCCUGUUCGUAUUGUGAUGAUUGGUACUUUGACUGGUAUGCAGUGGAUGAUUUAUGACUCCUUCAAGAUCUUCAUGGGUCUCCCUACUACCGGCGGCUCGAGCGAGGACAAGAAGAAGGGCAACUGA